AAAGAGAGGUAUGGGCUCUGUUUCUCAUCAGAAUCAACUUUUGGAAAUUCUCCUUUUUGGGUAAAUCUUUUUUUUUUUAUUUCUUCUUUUCUUUUUAUUGCCCUACUCCUACAUUAAUAUGAAGCUGGUAUAGUAUUAAUGCUAUUAUAUUUUUGAAUUAUUGUAUUCCAAUUAAACAAAACUUAACCCAACUGACAUGAAGUUUUACAACUUAUCAUGUAUCAUGAGAGCCAAUGAAUGAGAUAAUUCAGGUUUAAUUAAUUGCCCUUUUAUACAUUUUGAAUUUGUGUUUACGUUUGGAUACUAAGUGCGAUAUUUCAAGUUAGGAAUUUAGAGUGGAUCCUUAACUUCGGAAUUUUGUUAUUAGUUUCAUGAGCUGAUUCUUUGAUUCAUAAACAGUUGCACAUGAUGUAAAUAUGUUUUUGCAUGAAUAAAUUUAAUAUUCAUUCAAAAAAAAAAGAAAGAUAUUUCAAGUUAAAUUAAAAAAAAACAUAAAAUAUUAGUGUUCUUAGACUAAAAUGUAAAAUCAAACGCAGAACUUAAGAAAAAUAAUAAUGGUUUGGGUUAAGAUUUAAGAACAAUUGCUCGAUAAAUAGUUUAAUUGGUUUUGUCUUUUCGAAAUCUUAUGUUUGAGAGUCUUAUUCUUGGAAAAUUGGUUAGUCCAACGGCAUCUUGAAUAUUAGAGGUUUAUUGUUUUGCCGUAAUAUCAUCCACAUAUUAAUUUAAGCAAGAAAUUGCAUCAUGCAGGGGACAGUAUAAUUAGGGAAGAUGAAACUAAUCUAGUAAAUGAGAGAAGAGAGCCCAGGGAGGAUUACUUAUCACAUGUGUAGUCAUUAUCCAUAAACCCUAUCAUAGAUUUGCAUUAAUUAAUUUUAGUUACAAAAGGCAACUAUAUAACUCCUUUUGGUUUUGCCCAUACCCCAUCAUUUUCCUUGUACUUACUUUCUAUUCAAUUUUCUUCACGAGCAACAUCUACAUAUCCACCUUCAUUACAAAUUAAGCUUUAGAUUGUGUAAACAUAAUUUCAGGAAGGAACUUGAGAUCUGGUAGGGCUUUAUUUACUUUCUUUGUAAAUUUUCUUCACGUGGUUUGAAAUUUGAAUGCUCUGAUUCUCCAUCCUUGAUAGUUAGCGUGUGAAGAAACCAUAAUUUCAUAUUAGGUUGAUUGUUUACUAGCCCAGUGACAAAAAAACUUCUCAUCAAAUAAGAUAAUAAUGAAAAGAAAAGUAUAUAGUUGCGUAGAAAGAGAGGCAACAUAAAUGUUACUUUUACCAGCUCAGUGACAAAAAAAUAUUAAUCUUUCUCACAUAAAAUGAUCACUAAUAAACUUAAUUUAAUAAAGACAAGUACACAUGUACAUGGGUAAGAAAAAUCAGUUAAAGACUCAGAUUAGACAAGUAAAUUACCCAAAUUGCACAAAGCCGCGGACUAAAUGAUCAUUAUCAACUUGUGUAAUACGUCCAAUAUCGGUAAUUAAUGCACGAGUUAUUGAUGACUCACUCUUGUGCACAAAGAAAAGAAUCUCGUUUAAAAUAUUAACUGAAGAGAGUUAUACUAAACCUAAUACUUUAGUUUUCCCUUCAUAUGAAAUUUUCACCCACAAUUACUCCAUAUUUUUUAUUUUCCUUGAACAUAGAAGAAAUAUCUAAGUUCAUGAAAUGUAUCAACGGGUUGCAGAUCCUUUACCUUGCUUGUUACCUUAUUCACAAAAGAUUCUUGCUUGAAGAAAACUUUAACUUUUGUGUAUAUAUCCAACGCCGUAGUGCUAAAGACGUUUGUUCAAAGAGAUAAACAAAAAGAACAAAAUCUUUUAAGACAGACAGAGUAAACGCUAAAAAAUGGGUGUACUUAUUGUAAUUGCAAAACGUUUUGAUGCUCUGAUUGGGCCGGGAGUUAUGCUUCUCUACCCUUUGUAUGCAUCGUUACGAGCAAUAGAGAGUCCAACGAUGUUAGAUGAUCAACAAUGGCUUACAUAUUGGAUCAUUUACUCCUUAACUACAAUAUUCGAAUUAUCCGUUUGGAGAGUCCUUGCCUGGCUACCGUUUUGGCCAUACUUGAAACUUUUGUUCUGCAUGUGGUUGGUGUUACCAAUGUUCAGUGGUGCAGCGUACAUCUACUCCAAUUUUGUGAGAAAAUACGUUCAGUUUGGAAUGCAUGUUGGAGAAGGAACGAGUUAUACAGAUGAACAGAGAAGAGUUUUACAGAUGAUGAGUCUUGAUGCUAGAAAAUCGGUUCAAGAUUAUGUUGACCGGUUUGGAUGGGAUUCUGUUGAGAAAGCAAUCAAAGCGGCUGAACGAGAAACGAAAAAGCAUUGAGAUGGAAGAUUAAGAAUCAAGAAACAUUGCUCUUUGUUUUCUUGAUUUCGAAAGUGUUUGUAUGUUCAUGUGUUAUAGAUUGUAUAGCGUAAAACUUCGAUGGUAAAAAAAAUGAUAUGGUUGAAAAUGAACGGUAAAAAAAUUGUGUUCUUCACUAUGAGCAAAGAUACUAAUAGAGAAGCCAUCUGUCUUUCAA